GCAACACAACUGCUCUGACGUCACGUCAUGAUGCAUUGUCUUAAUGGCACUACUACAGCCAACACAGCAUUCGCCCGGUGGUGCAUCGGCGCGGAAGUACUGCAAGUCGCCGCUUUCCUCAAUUCAGUCUUCGCGACACACCAUGCAUCAAGACUGACAGGUGAGGGCCACACCAGACAGCGUCAGUAAGUAGGCGGCCUAUCUCUGUGCGGGCCUCUCUCUAAUGUUUUGUCUGUGCGGGCCGCUUCAGAUGUUCUCCGGCGCAGCCUUCCUGGGCGGUAUGGCGCCCACACGGGCGUUCGCGGCAUUCUACUCGACGGCUGAGAGAGAGGGAGCACACGCACACACGUGGGGAUCUGCACACACGUGUGUGUUGUGUUCUGUGUAUGUGUGUGUGUGUGUGUGUCCGUGUUGUGUGUUGUGUGCAGCGGCUAAGAAGACGGCCCCCCGUCGUGCCGCUGGGGAGGACGGCGAUCUGGACACCCUGUUGGCGACGGAUGGUACGCACAUGAAAUGGAAGGGGCGUGGUGGAUCAAUGAGGCCCAUGUGCGGUCGUCACUAUCUGCUGUCGGUGCAGUGGCGACCGUUGUAGCCGAGUUCAAGAAAAUCACGACGGGCGGCCAAGUACCUCAUACUACGACUUCACGGCAUAACAGAAGGUGCGGACAUAGACACACACACACACACACGGACAUAGACAGACACAUGUGUGUACGAAACUGGGCCCUGUGCAUCUGCUGUCGGAAUGUGUGCAGCGGUGCUCGUGUCCGCCAUGGCUGCACACAUCGGCCAUGAGGCUGCCGCUGCAGAGAAUGACCCACGCAUCGUCGGCGGCAUGCCGGGCAUGCCAGAGCACGGCACUGGUGCCGGAGGCGUCGGAGAAGAGGGUGGC